GGUUAGCGUUGCGCUCCACGCGCGUGUUCAAUGUCAAAUUACAGUGUUUGUGGAUGUGCAGAGAUGAAGGGAGGAUUUGUUCUUCAUACCGUAGUGUGUUCUCCAUCAUCAGCUGUGUAAAUUCAUACACUCACAGUGAGCAGUCCAUCAUGUCAGUGUGUGGUAGGAGCAGGGUUCUCUUGCUGUCUGUGAGGGUUCUGUUAGGACCGCCCCUCGUGUCUCGUCAGUGUGUGUCGCGUGCUCUGUCCUCAUCAGCGCGUGUGCUCUCUGUCGGGGAGUGGAGGAGAACCUCAGCAGGUGGAUGCAGGGUGGAGCAGGCAUGUCACUCAGGGAAAACGUGCAGGAACCUCUCUGCCUCUGCUGCCAACUUCCUGAAUCAGCUCCGUCCUAUGAGCCACUACGACCCGCUGGAUUUGGGUGAGGUGGAGGAGAACACGCGCAGGGCCCUCGUCUGCAAACACCUGAGACGCUUCAUCAUCGACCCUGAGCUCGCACGCGUGGUCACUGAGCACCUCGCCCCCGACAUCGACGAGGGCAAGGCCGUCAUAUUUGAGUGUAACCCAGGGCCGGGUGUGUUAACCCGCACACUGCUGAACUGUGGAGCUCACAGAGUGGUGGCGCUGGAGAGUGAUAAAGCCUUCCUCCCUGAGCUGCAGGAGUUGGAGUGUAAGCUGGAUGGGCAACUGAAGGUGGUCCAUUGUGACUUCUUUAAGCUAGAUCCGAUUGGUCAGGGUAGCAUGAAGCCUCCAGCCAUGUUCUCCGAGAAACUCUUCACUGACCUCGGGAUCUCUGAGGUGCCAUGGACAGCAGAUGUGCCGGUGAAGGUGGUGGGGAUUUUCUCUCAGAGGAAUGAGAGGAACAUGUUGUGGAAACUCGUCUAUGCUCUGUAUGAGCGCCUGUCUGUGUUCCGCUACGGACGAGUGGAGCUCAUUAUGUUCAUCAGUGAGAAAGAGUACACCAAGCUGGUAGCGAGACCUGGAGAUUACAGGAACUAUCAGGCUCUGAGCACUCUGUGGCAGAUGGCAUGUGAUAUCGAGCUGCUGCACCAGGAGCCAUGGUCAUCAUUUGUUACAGCUUCGAAGCACGGAGGUCCAGCGAUCCCUAGGAGCACUCAUGUCCCUAAUGAUCACCUGUGCUUGGUGAGAAUCACUCCUCGUGAAGAUUUCUUCUCCUCCUCCAUCACUCCCUUUAACAGCAGCGCGUUGGUGAUGAUGGUCAAACAGUGUCUCACUAAACGCCGCUGCAGACUCAUUGACAAGCUCAAUUCGUGGAGCGCAGGCAGCGGCAUGGACAUCCUGCUGCAGAUGGGACUCUUUGAGGACGUGAUGACAGGACAGAUUUCCCCGAGCGAGUACAAAAGAGUGUUUGAGCUGAUGGAGAAAUCGGAGGAGUUCACGCAGAGCUGGCUUUAUGACGAAAUCCUGGAGCACACCAAAAAUACGGACUGUGGAUAAAAGCUGCAUGCUCUCACACACACACACACACACACACGAUUGGAACAAUAUGAUAAUUUUAUAGUGUGAUGUUGCUUCAUCAGCAGCAUAUUUAUAUCUCAUCUCAUCUCAUUAUCUCUAGCCGCUUUAUCCUUCUACAGGGUCGCAGGCAAGCUGGAGCCUAUCCCAGCUGACUACGGGCGAAA